AUGGCCAAGAAAGCCACUGUUUUCCGGAUUACGGCCACAGUCAAGGAUAUCUGCGUUGACGCAGAUGAAUGGGUGACGAUGGUGGGCGUUGGAGAGGUGCUCUCUCUGAACGCAGUCGAGGAAGCGACUUUGACAACACUCUCCUACGCCAGCAACAUGGGUUUCAGACGGACCUUCGCCUCCAUGGUGACGAAUACGAGUGGCUAG